ACUUCAAAAGGUGGAUCAUAACACCUCAACCUACAUUUUGCUCCCAUUGGAAACAAAUUCGGUGGCACAGAGGUUGACAGGUUAGCACGUCCGCCACACAGUACAGAGUUGACAAGGCACAGGAGUGACUGGAGGUAAUUACAGAUAGUGACACGACAACGAAUAGAAAGCACAACAAAAGAAUAACGUGAUCUUCUUCCUGCCCCGUAAGAGGCAAAACUAGACAAGAAAGAUGGAGGAAAUAAAAACCCGAUUAAAGGUCAUGCAGGAACGACACAAGGAAAGAUGGGAUCCAUUCCAACUCAACCCAAUAGGUGCGGAGAAGGAACAGAAGAGAAGGUGUUUCCAACUGGCCCAGUAUCUGGUGGCUGUUAUUGUGGGUUUGGCUGUGUUGACCAGUGCCAUUGUUGCUAAGGGCUCUCUUUUGGUGCUGUCAACAUUGUCCAGUCCAAAAUCCACGCGCAGUCCAAAGGAAAAACAGUUCUACAUGCUAAUGUUGGUGUUCUGCCUGGUUUGCCCAAACUUCCUGGUGUUCAUAAAAUCCCUGUGGAGGUGUGCCUUCAAAAGCUUCGUACAGCCCAACCUGAGGACCAUGUCAUUUAUUUGCGCCAUAGAAUGCCUGGUGUCGCUUGGCACCUCAAUCUUGGUACUUGUGGUGAUGCCUCGGUUUGACGUUCUGACAAAUCUGUUCAUCAGUGGAGGUGUCUGUAUUGUGCCCGCACUACUUCAGAUCGUCUUUCGACUACAGACAGAAACUUGGAAACUUAUAUUCCCAAUCUGCUCCCUCCUUCUAACCUGUGCUGGAUACUGCCUGCUAGGAACCGACUACUAUGUCCGCGUAUCGUCCUUUGUGGACAGUCAGAGUGCAGACUGCUUUGUCUAUGUGGGAGUUGGAAUUUUCGCCUCACUUCUUAUCUCUUUGUGCUGGUGGGAGAAUCCAAUGCAAGCUACUAAUCGGAUUCAGGAUACUUUGUCAGAACUGGAUGGUUUCAGGGACUUUGUGUUUGUCAUCAGCAGUCUUCUGCGGAUAAUCGUCAUUGGAGCUGUAUACCUGUUCUACCACGUGCUUCUUGAAGAGUCCGUCAUCUGGUCAGACUUCAAUUUAAACGGUGACGAAUGGGAAUUGUUACAAGUUGGAUUGGUGCUGUUCUUCUUACAGGCCUUCUGCUCAGCAGCGUGCCACUGGUUUGGGGUGGUGGCCUGCAAGAUUCAUGCUGUCAGGAUGAGUUUCGCCUUGCCCUUAUGUUGCACAGGACCUUCAGUGCUUCUACUGGGACUUAUACUUUUCAUCACCCUAGCAGAAAAAUUGGAUGGAGCAAAGCAUGGGAGCAUCACAGAGUUUUGUGAAAGCUUGUCCUUCUUGAGCCACAAGAACACAACCCCUGUGGUCUUACUAGAACUCACAAGGAGCAUCUGCCGGACCUCACUUAACAGCUAUUACUUGCAAUGGCCUUUUUUGAUGUUGGCUCUUGAGGGAGUAUGCAUGUGGUUAGCACUGGUGACAUGCACUUACUACGUAUGGAAGACAAAGGUGCAGCGCAUAGAGAGAACCUCUCAGCUGUUCGUUCGGCGGCUCUACGAAUCCGCUUUCAUCGACUUGUCUAUGUUACUCAACACCAAGAUGAAGGUCUCUCGCGCUCGAAACCAAGAAAGCCAAGACGACAUCCAGAACUGCGUGAUCUAUCUCUGUGCCACCAUGUGGCAUGAAACCUACGAUGAAAUGCUGAAGAUUCUGACCUCCAUGUUCAGGUUGGACCGUUACCGAGGUGAUCCAAAAGAGGAACAUAAGGACUGCUUUGAUUUCGAGUGUCACAUUUACGUGGAUGACGGGUUUAUGACUGAAAAGGACACGGGCAAGAGGCUGGUGAAUUCAUACGUUAACGAUUUGACUCAAGUCGUCAUCGAGGUUUACAGGGUUUUUACCAACAAAGAGCCUGAUGACGUAUCCAUCGUGGAAACUCCAUAUGGUGGUAGACUUGUCUUUGUUAUGCCAGAAGGCAACAUGCUCUACAUUCAUCUUAAAGACAAAAGUCUCAUCAGGAACAAGAAAAGAUGGUCACAGAUUAUGUACAUGUAUUAUCUACUUGGCUGGAAGGGCUACCUUUCCAAAAACCCUCAGACCAAACGUCAAUUCGUAUGCAGAGAAUCUCUCAUCUCGAUGGAUAGUGAGAUAUUCAUCAUGCCCCAGUAUGACAAUGACAACAAAAGAAGAUUAAUCUCAGAUGACAACGUCUACAUCCUGGCUCUGGACGGGGACACCGACUUCCAGCCUAAAGCUGUAAUUCUGCUUGUGGACAGGCUGAGGAUGUAUGACAAUGUUGGCGCAGCCUGUGGACGAAUCCAUCCUACCGGCAUGGGUCCCAUGGUGUGGUACCAGAAGUUUGAGUAUGCAGUGGGUCACUGGCUGCAGAAGACAGCAGAACACGUGUUUGGAUCAGUGCUGUGCAGUCCAGGAUGUUUCAGUCUGUUUCGAGCAUCGGCCUUAAUGGAUGACAACGUGCUGAAGAGAUACACGACGACUGCCACUCGAGCUGCGGAAUACGUACAAUAUGACCAAGGGGAGGAUCGUUGGUUGUGUACUUUGCUACUGCAGCAAGGGUGGCGUGUGGAAUACAAUGCUGCAUCCGAUGCCUACACCAACUCACCACAAGAGUUUAAAGAGUUUUAUAACCAGAGGAGACGGUGGGGACCAUCCACACUGGCUAACACGUUGGACCUCCUGCACAGUGGCGCAGAGACAGUGAAGCGAAACUCCUCCAUAUCCAAACUGUAUAUUUUCUACCAGAUGUUCACGGUUGGUUCCUCUAUUCUUGGACCAGCCUCUGUGACGCUUAUGGUGGCAGGUGCUUUCCAGUUUGUCUUUAAAAUUGCCGGCACACUAUCCAUCAUCAUCGCAAGCAUCCCUCCUGUGUUCUACCUCAUCAUUUGUUUCAUCGCCAAACCAAACAACCAGAUAACAAUCGCUGGCAUUAUGAGCGUCCUGUAUGCCUUCCUCAUGACGGCUUCCUUGUUUUCCAUCAUCGGCGAUAUAGUGAUUCAGGGUACGAUCCUGACCCCGACUGGUGUGUUCCUGGUUUCUAUGACAAUCAUGUACUCGGUGACUGCUAUCCUCCACCCCGAGGAGUGUGCAAUGAUCAUCUAUGGCCUGAUGUAUUUCAUCUGCAUUCCCAGUGGUUACCUUCUACUUACCAUCUACUCAUUGGUUAACAUGCACAUUGUAACCUGGGGCACAAGAGAAUCCAAUAAGGGAGGAACAGAGAUAAAGAAGAAUCACAACGUGCUUUGUGACCGAAACUGCAGACUCUGCUGCUGGGACAUGAAGUUGCAGAUAACUCAGGAAACGGAGAACCUGAUGAUUCAACAAAUCAAAGGACAGGCCGCUCAGCAAUCCCCUCCCCUUCCAAUCACAGCCCAGGAAACGAAUCAACACGCCGCUUCAAAUGUGGCGCCACAAGAUACUCCUGACACCACCAAAAUAGCACAGCAAGGAGGACAGAAACCACCGACCGAUCGAGAGAGGAUAGAGAUGAAACGUUUUGACAACAUUUCCAGAAACACUGAUGAUAGCGUGAAAAAAGUGAGCCUAUCAUCAAGUGCAUCUGAAGAUGAUGAUGACGAAGAGGAUGAUGACGAUUACGGCAAUAACCAGGACAACGAAGACAUUCCCAUUAGCGAAUGGGUGAGUCCAGUGAAAGAAGAGUUCUUAAAGAAGUUGACUUUUGCCAAUUUAAAGAGGAACUUGAAAGAACAAAUACGGUACUCUCUCCGCAAAAAGAAUCAAGAGGACGUGUGUGAGGAGUUGAUAUUAAUGUUAACAGACACACUCAGUGGACAACUAUACGGAGUUGGACCUGAAGAUGUUCUGACAGAAGGCCAACUGGAGGAACUACAACAGGAAUUGACGGAACAGGCUCGGCGCACCUUGAAGACCAGUCGCAUGGGAAGAUUAGAGAAAAAGGUCAAGAGAGCCAUCGAGAAAACUCUGACUGCCCCUCAGGUGCAGAAACUAGACGAGGAUGAGAAUGACUUCUGGAACAAGCUGAUCGAGCGCUACUUGAAGCCCAUUGUUGACACUAAAGCACAUCUAGAGGAGGUCACCAGAGAGCUGAAGUCGCUGCGCAACAAGGCAGUAUUCCUCUAUUUUAUCGUCAAUGUGCUGUGGGUGGUUGCCACCUUUUUCCUGCAAGCCAUUGGAAAUGACGUCAUCAGCAUCAAGAUCCCUAAAUACUAUGGAAACGGAACAUCAUCUGGAGAGGUCCUCAAGGUGGAGCCUCUCAGCUUGAUGUUUCUGUUGUCUUUUGCGAUCCUUCUCCUUGUCCAGUUCAUCGCCAUGUUGUAUCACAGGGUCUACACUUUGAUCCACGUGGUGUCAUACCGCAGCACAGAGAAGGACUACAAACUGAAAGAUGAUGAGGAUGACGACGAUGGCUUGAUCUUAGAGAACCAUAACACCAGUGGACUCAGCAUCACAAGCGAUGACUUGUAGCUGCUGGAUGCCUUUUGUGAUUGUAUUUGUGCCUCAUUGCUGUCCUUCUCCAUCAUUUGCUUUUUCUGAAGCUAAACUCAAAGGUGUCAUAAAGCAUUCCGAGAGUUUUAUCUUUUGUCAACUUACCCUGAGUCACAUUCACGAUUGUCAAAGGAAUAUAGAAAAAUCAGUAACAAAAUUUCCUAUGAAUUGAAUGUCAGUUUCACUCUAUUAGGAUUGAACUGAGGGUAAAUGUUUGCCUUUCUGUGGGACUUGGUAUGGUCAUGUGUUACAAUCUGGAAACUGAACAGCCCAAUCCCUGAAAAUGGAUUUAAAUUGCUACUUUUGCACAUUAUUGGGGGAAAUAUUUAUGACUUUGUAGCGUUUGACAUACUGUUGGAUUGAUGUUUUUUUUAAUCAGGUUAAGAUCAUGAAUAAAUGGUUUGAUGAAAAUUACCGGUAAUAUUUUUUAUAGUACUGCAAUAAAAUUUUCGAAAACACAA